AAAAUGACUUGGAAAGACGUCUGGUUCCUUUGACUUGCAUUAAAACUACAGUCAGUUUUUCUUUCUCCUGUAAAGUUCUAAUUUUGGAGAUACGAGGUUUUCUUCCGACAACAGCGAUACGUUUUACAGCUGCUUUUUUGUCGUCUUGCCUGCAGUUUAGGAAGGACAGAUUACUAAUGUAAAAAUCAGAUUUUGCCUUAAUAUCAGCAGCUCUUUUCUGGACAUGUUCUAAGACAAGCUCAUAUAUUUUAGUACGACCCACACCAGCGUAUUCCAAACGUGGCCUAAUCAGUGUGGAGUAAAUAGUGAGCAGGUCUUCCUGUGGAGCUUUGUUUCUGGCCAUUACAGUAAUUACUGCCUGUUGAGAUUUGGCUGUUGCGAAUUUCUCAUUGCAGUCCUUUGAUGUGAAAGUGUCUUUCCAGAGGAUGGAAGAAGAACAUUUGAAGGAUGCCAGAAAUCAACUGAUAUGAAGUGUCUUAAUACAUAGCGAGUUUCUUAUAUUUAGUGUCUUCACAGUGGAUGAAUAAAUACGAACAGUCAGCAGACCAUUGAUCGUUUUCUAGCACUUCUGUUUGGUACAAACACAACUAGUAUUUUAUUGACACCAAUUCUGAUUAAGACAUAAGAAUAAUACCAACAGACACUGUGCAGAAAUCGUCUUAAAGAAAAUAUAACACAGCUCCAAGCUCCCAUGUAGGCAGAAGAAGAUAUUCUCAUUAAAGUAACAGCUUAAACCAAAAACUAGGAUUUAUAAAGGGGAAUGUGCCUGGCCUCCACCGCAGCUGCUACCUUUUGGUUAUGCGGCUACCUCAGAGUCCUGCUUUUGUGAGACAGUCUGAUAAUAAAACGUUUAUUUUGAAAAGAAAUAAAGAAGACCCUUCUGCAGCUAGUGACCGUUCUGCGCAUGCGCCGUGGUCUUCUAACUUCACGCUGCUCAGUUUGGCGCCUUGAUGAAGCCUGGACUUCUCAUUCUGAGAGAAAAGUACGUUUUCCUGCUCUCUUCGUGUUCCUGCAGGAGUGUGAAUGAACGGUCUGCAGAACUGUUGGCUUUAAGAAAACACUGUGUGUGUCUUCAGUUUUUCAUUGACACUCCGGGAGAUAACCUUAGCAUACCGCUAGCUCGCAGGCUAAGGAAGGCAUGACACCGAGCAGAGAAGCCAUGCCUUCUCUCAUCGACAAGACGAUGAGAAUGAGGAGGGAAGAGCAGGAGCGGCAGGUUGUCCUUGCUUGGGCAGUUCUGAAUGUGUCUCUUGCUGGGAUGAUUUACACAGAAAUGUCAGGAAAGCUGCUCAGUAGAUACUACAACAUAACAUACUGGCCAAUCUGGUACAUCGAGCUAGCCCUGGGCUCCUUGUUCAGCCUUAAUGCAAUCUUUGAUUUUUGGAAGUACUUCAAGUACACCAUGGCACCUUCAACCAUCGGCAUCACUCCAGAGCAGCAUCGUCUUCUUGGUCUCCGCAACUCUGGAAUUCAGGCCUCCCCACCCCAGAAGCCAGAGAAGAAAGAACCUCCAGUACCUCCCCAGUCGUCUCCCCUGCAGGGACAGAAUGUGCUUAGUUUUAGCCCAGCACGGCCCACCAGCUCGAGCCCAAAGUUCUCCCCCAGCUGUGUGUCUGGAUACAGCCCGCCUCUGAGCAACCCCUCCUCACCAGGCAGUGGGGGACCCUUUUCCCCAUCUAUGGCCUUUGGCAAAGUGCUGAAUUAUAGUCCAUCUACCAGCUCCUCUCCUUAUCCCAGUAGCCUGGGCCCAGUGGAGGGCACCAGCCUGCGGGCACGCUACCGGACCUCUCCCUCUGUCUUCAGUUCUCCAGGAGGGAAGGAAGAUUACAUGGAUGACCUUAAGAGUUUGGAGAAGUUCCUUCGCUCAGAAGAGGAGAAGAGCCAUCGGAGUCAACUUGGGAGUCCCGAGUCGGCAUCUCCAUCACAUAGUCCAACGUUCUGGAAUUACAACCGUUCAGUGGGAGACUACGCCCAGAGCUUACGAAAGUUUCAGUACCAGCCCGCCUGUCGCUCACAGGCUCCCUCUGCUCACAAAGAUGAAACUGAGCUGGGCUCUAAACAAGCUGCUGAGGAGGUAUGGGCGCGCAUCACAACUAGUCGUGUGGUCACUGACAGCAUCGACAGCUGGACUGCCAAACUAAGAAAUUGGAUAAAUGACACCAUUCUGGUGCAUCUAGUUAAGGAGAUAGAAUCCAUCAACAGCCAGCUGAGAAGAAUGGGCUGUCCUGAACUUCAGAUAGGAGAGGCCAGUAUCAGCAGUCUCAAACAGGCUGCUGUAGUCAAAGCUUCUGCGAUCCCCACUCUUAAUGCCAUUGUGCAGUACCUGGACAUCACACCCAACCAAGAGUAUCUGGUAGAGAGGAUCAAGGAACUGGCCCACAGUGGCUGCAUGAGCUCCUUUCGCUGGAAUGGAGGAGGGAACCUGAAGAACCGGAAGUGGGACACAGACCUCCCAACUGACUCAGCUAUCCUUAUGCAUAUUCUGUGUACAUACCUGGACUCCAGGCUUCCUCCCCAUCCAAAAUACCCGGAUGGGAAGACCUUUACAUCUCAGCAUUUUAUCCAGAUGCCACACAAACCAGAUCUUUCCAAUGAGAACCUCUUCUGCAUCCAUCAAAGCAGUACCAACCCACCUCACUAUCAGCUUAUCUAUCAGGGCCAUAUCUACAGUCUGCCCAAGGGCAGAAAUAAUUUGUUCCACACGGUCCUUAUGUUCCUUUUCAUCAUCAAAACCAAGGAGUCUGGGAUGCUGGGGAGAGUCAAUCUGGGGCUUUCAGGAGUGAACGUUCUUUGGAUAUUUGGGGAUUGAUAUCUCCAUGUUACAAAGUAAAUCAAACACUGAAAUGGUCACUUGAAGAGCAAUACAUUGCACACGUCUGUAUGUCCUAUACUAAUUUGAUAUUUAGAUAUUUUUGCUCUUAUAAUUUGUGGUGAUGUUGCAUGCUUUGGAGAAACAUGCACAGUGCUUUGGUUCCUUAACCAGGAACUUUAACUGUAGCCCAGCAUGAGGCACUGAAACUAUUUUAAGUGCUGUAAAGAAUGUUUUUAAGCUAUGAUGCACAGGAAACUGCUAACAGCUUAGAUUACAGGGUGAGUCAACAAAAUAAAUUGGCUGUUUUCUGCCUUUGUACAUAAUCUGCAUGUAUGGCUUUGUUUGAUACAAAGCUGUAGAACUUUUUGGUUAUGAAUGUGUGUAGUGUACUGUUUUAAUAUAUAUUUGGUGUGUGUGUGUGUAAUAAAUAUAUACACACACACACAAUAUAUAUACAAUGUUACUUAUUCAGGCUUUAGCUAGUUGAGCGUUGUGGGUUCCAUGCUCUAAGCAAGCAUUUUCCCUAAAAGUUUUUUUGGUCUACAUUUCCUCCCGUAUCCUUAACACAAACCUCAUAUUACAUAAGUGGAAACCACUGAAUACACAACAGCCAACAGUAACCAAAUUCAGUCAUUUAUUGUGGAAACAUAGGUAAUCCUCAAUGCCUUCACUGGCUGCUGGUUGUUCUACCUUCAGCAGUGAUGAGAGAACAGCUCAUUCUGCUGUAAGUGAUCAGUCUCGUACACCAGCACUGAGAAUCUUUGGCCCAAGGUGGGCUGAUCAGGAUUUGAUUGUUUGCCAAAGUAUUCAGCUGGCUAACCACAGUUUUGCCCAGAGUAGAGGUUGUCAGAGGGGGCAAUUAUUUUAAUCACAUUGAAGAUCCUUUUGCUGUGUAUAUAAUUGAGACUUUUUUUAAUUUUUUUUUUUUUUUUUUUAGUUUUAGUUACAGAAUACAAAUGCAGUGGUUAAUACAAGUUGUACAUUUUAAAACAGUGCCAAAUAAUGCAUUUUUAUACUAAUAGGUCCUUUUCCAGGCUACUCUUUUAAGGGCCCAUGUACUUUUUUUUUAUUUCUUUUCUACUUCAUUUUGCAUUGCCCUAUUAAAGUAGUCUGGGCUGAAAUACUCCCUGUACCUCCAAUGUGAAGGUGAAGCUAAACCUUUGUGUACUGAAUAGGAAGGUGGAUGUAAAUGAAUUGUUUGUGCAUUAAGAAGAAACAAAUAAUUUAAAACAAGUUGAUCUCACAGCUUUGUUUCCAUAUAUGGAUUUGAGAAGUGCACAGUACCUUUUGAUACGUUAAAAUGUUUACAUACUGAAUCAAAUUCAUUUAUUAGAAAAGAGCGAGUAAAAAUAUAGAUUUUAUGAUCCAUGAUAGGGGCCUUUAAAGGGAUAACAUGUUUUACAGACCUCUUCUUGCGUAGUACAUGUUACUGCUUGAUAGUGACUUGUGAGUGUUCUCACCUUCAGUAAGGGGCUUCUGUAAACUUUCACAGGGCUGCAAACACCUUUUUGGAUUUCAGUUGGCAGAAAGAUGCAUUUGUAUAGUCUUUGGUUCUUCUUGGGAGAAGGAACAGGAACAUUUUGGUCUGAAAUGAGCUGUAAUAAAUUAAACUUUUCAGAAUUUUC